GAUUUUCCAGCAUUGCCUUGACGGCAGCCGGCAGGGUAGGGCCACGCUCGGCCGCCAUGCCAUAGCUCCUCGAUCUCUUGAUCUCCUUCUUCUUUCAUCUCUAGUCCUUAGUUAACGAUACGUAUCAUGUAUUUUGUAAUAUAGAGAAAAUUGGUGCUCAAUUCAUUAAGGAACAAAGUAUUUUUUAUACGCGAAUGUUGUUAUGGGGUUAGGAUAGUUAGGGUAGUAACGCGUAGGCCUGUGUGACAGAAGCAAGCAGCCAACAUGAAUUUUCUCGGUGCGGUCGGUGGUGACGGCGAUGACAGCGACGACAAAGAAAAGGAAGAGGAGGCGGAACGCGAGCGACAGGAGGCCAUCAAGGAGGCGGAGGACCGCCGCAAGGAGAAGCACCGCAAGAUGGAGGAGGAACGCGAGAAGAUGCGCCAGGAGAUUAGGGAUAAGUACAAAAUCCCUAAGAAGGAAGAGGUGGUUGAGCAGCAGCCCAUGGAGCCCGACAACCCGCUCAUGAGGAAGAAGAAGACGCCCGAGGAGCUGGCCGCGGAGGCCGAGUUAGAAGACCAGGACGAGUUCACUAAAUUGAAAAACACCAUCGAAACGCAAGUGAAUGAACUGAAGUCGCAGAUCGAGAGCAAGUGCGUGAUGCAGUGAGCGCCGCGGCGCCCCCUUACUUAAUACAUGAUGUAGCUGCUAAGUCAUUGUUACGACGUUUCACCGACCCGACAUCACCCCACCCACCCCCAAACCCAAUCAUUUGGUUCGGGUACCGUCAAAAUCGCGCUCAAUAUCGUACGAGAGAUUCGAAUUCUAAAUUUUUUCGGAAUGUAGUUGGCUAGUGCGCGUUGGUGCUUGAUAAUGAGCAAUAAUAUUUUUAUACAUUCAUAAAAAUUUUUGGAGAGCCCCGACAAGUCACGCUGAAGCGAUCUGGGUCAAAAAGUCACCGAGCGAGCGACACCGACCGACACUUGUGAAACGAUCCACUUUUAUAUGUUGAUGCUUGUGAUAUAUUGUUAUUUAAGUGUAAUGAGGAAAUAAUAUAAAUACAACUAGAUGAACGGUGUAAUAUUAAUAAAGAAGGAAAUGUAAAAUUAAGGCAAUUCGUAGCACGCGUGUAGGUUCAACUCGACUUCUCAAGCUCUCUCAUCUAUUCUCAUCUUCGGGACGAAUUCAAAGUUACAUUGAAAUAACAAUGUAUUCUGUAUUUGUUUUCAUCCAAAUUCCACUCGGCUUGAUGUCUGUCUUCGGUCUGUGGCUUGUGCUCUUCGCUUUCUCUCUUCGGAACUUCCACUUUUGCCUCGAAAUCUUUUGCAUGCGUGCUUAUGCAGUGUAAAUCGAUAUUGUGUCAGUGUAUUUUGUUUAGGUGUACAUACCUGUAAUCGACCUAGCCUUUAAUACAACAUCGAACAUAAAAUAAGUGACAUAUUGUUACGAGCAAAUCUGGGCGGACCUCCGCCCGCGGGACGAGACCGCCGCAGAUUUGACACGUUUUGUUCUUGCAUGUCUAAUAUUAAGAUCAAUGUUCGUUUAGACGUAAUGUAAAGAUGUAGAUACACUAACACUUCGUGUUGUUUUACCGUCGGCCGGCGGGAUCGUCGGCUUUAAUCUAAACGUUUAUGGAUGUUUUACGCUUAGGUAUAAAGUUAUCACACGUGCGAGCAAAUUCUUCGAGCGAUAGGCCUCAGGUAUGUCCACGCAGAUCCGUGGGAAAGAGAAGACAACAUCUAAGUAGCGAGAGACGUCCUACGGGACCGGUCAGUUGGCUCAGAGCUGGUUGUUCGGACGAUUGACUCCACUUAAGCUGCAAAUGCAAAAGAUUUGUUAUCGUCAAAAGCUGUGAUAUAUAAAUAAAUUAAAUAACGCUGUGCGCCUGACGCGGCCCGACCGCUCGCGCCCUUGCAUUCAUUAGCUACUACGACUUCUUCUUCGAAUCUAUCACUAAUGUCUCAUACCGACACCACUUCUUCAAUAAUCACACUUCUUCUCGUAGACUUCAAUCUUGAACCAACUUUGCAUCGAUCAGCACAUCAUGUAUUUUCACUUUUAGUUGUAAGGUUAUGUUAAUCUUCACGUUUAUUUACGUACGGCAAAUGCUUAUUAUAAUUAACGUUAAGUUUAGAGUUACAACUAUUGCGCUGUUAUGUUCACUGAACUUUCAGGUCAAUUAUACCUACCCUCACUUUAUUGCAUUCAAAUCAGAUCGUAUAAAACUAUUCAAUAUACACACACAUGUAAAUACGACAAAUACAACAAUAAUUUCUGAUUGUUUACUGAAAAUGCUACUAUUUUUCUGAUAUAUAAGAUUCAUAUUUUCUCGCACUCUAUUGCACAUUGAUGUAUAUUUUCAUAGCUUCUUUAGGACCUUAUUUUGAGCACGCAUAGCUGUCAUAGUCUACAAUCUAAUCUAAACUUAAAUAUAUCUAAAUAAUACUAUAGAUGGGCAUCUGAAAUGGAAUAUAAGCCAUUGCCCCGUCCACCGCAUCAUCUUUUCAUUCUUGUAUUUGUAAGGUAUAACUUAAAAUUUCAGCGUAAUUGUGGUUAGCCUAGGUUUAUCAUGUAUUACAAAAAAAACAUAGUUCUAUGUAUGUGCAUGGCAAUUUCUAGCUAAACGGUUGUUCGUAGAUAUUUGGAAUAAACAAUAAUAGGCGUAAGUCAACCAGACCUAUCGAUUUUGUAUGAUUUGACACGACCAAUAUUCCAUGAUCCUUCUCUCCUUCCCUUUACCUCGAUGUGUUAGCUUCUAUCGGAUACUCCUGUAGACCCUUUCCCUUAUCUUCUUCGUCUAUCUUCGAUCUAACUAGUAGUUGACCUUAGUCUGUGCUCUUCGUUGUUGACUCUCAUUUAAGUAGAAAUAGUUGUUUAGAAAAUUAUUUUGGUACGUAGCCGAGUCUAGUUGCAACUUGGAUGACUCCGCUGUUUGUCACUAAUUUAAAACGAACGAUUACUUGCGGUUCAAAAUGGUGUAACAUUUGCAUGUGUUUGAGGAUUGCGUUUGGUGUAAGUGUCAAGCUCUUGCGCGGUGUGUAUCGUUCUCUUACCGUUUCUUUUGAGUACGAGACCUGGCGGACCUUGCUUCUUAAAGCUACUAUCUACGUGUUUGUAACCUGUAUGUUAAGCUUUCAAUGUUCGGUGUAUAGUAAAUAUGUAAUUAGUGAUAAAGUUGCUUAAGUGCGCAAUAUAUGAAAGGAAUUUGGGUGAUAUCAAAUGGUUGUUGAUUUAACUGAUACGAACGUGUUUAAGUUUUCAGAACUCCGGCAAACGGAGCAACAUCAAGCGUUAUGACAAACGAGUCAAUACCUCCUGACAUGACACUAUCACUGAUACCACCACCAACCACCCGAUACACAUCGAUCUACCCACGUCUGUCUAUAGUUUGUAAAAUAUAUUUCCGCACCCAAACAUUGAUUUCCCCUUAAAGUAAUAUUAUAAUGAAUUUAUAAAGAGGUUUAUACAAGGUAGAUGUGUAGCUUAGACAUAAUUGUACGUUAAUCAGAGUGUAAUUCAUUUUUAUUAAUCACCCGUAGAAUAUUUUUAAGGGAAUCUAAAACUGACCAAUUUUAGAUUUUUUCCUCGACAAAAUUAACUCAGUUGAUCUUAUGACUUUCAUACUCAGGGUAAAUAUAUAUACUGACUAUUAUUGUUGUCUAUUUAUAUAUCUUUGUUCGGUUAGAUUGUUUAGGCGGCUGUUUGACUUUUUGGCCUUUAAUGGCUUUCUAAAUCCUCUUCAAAAGUGAUAGUGACCUUUUUCUUGAAUUUAACCUUGUUCCUCUUUCUCUAAAAUAGGGGGUUUGAAAUUUUCACUGUUAUUCUUAAUCCUUAGAGGAGUUAUGAAAUGGUAGACUUAUACAUUUUGAAACCUUGUUAAACAAUUUAUUAUAAAUUAGCCUAUUGAUAGUUGCACUAGAUCUAACGUUAGGGACUGACGUCUUGAUUGUUGGGGAUGUCAUAUUUGAACAAGUCAAGACCUACUUUCUAGAAGAUCUAUAAAAGACUUUGAAGCUUAGGAAAGAAAGUAAUAGAUAUGACAACUCCAUACAUUUUGCUGCUGGGAAGUGUCGAUUAGUCACUCGACUGAAAUAAUUGAAGAACAUCCAUAAAAUCACAGCUUGAUCUUUUAAGAUAAUGUCUAACAAAAGAUACUCUACUUGGAUGAUAUCAUUACAUCUUAUGAAGACAAACAAGAACAUAAUAUUUCGGCUGAAUAGCUAAUCGAUGCAAAAACAACUUAUUCUGAAGUCUAUGUAAUCGAAUUCGAGUAAUAGUCACAGAAUAAGCGAAACGGGUGAUUUAAAUAAAGUAAAACAAAUAGAGACAACGACACUUCGUACACACUGACACAAGAGCUUCAAACACUGAGCCAGAUAUUCAUGAUUUGGUCUCCGGCAGUGUGGCGGCUCCCAUAGAGAACUGAUUCUUAAGUGCCACACUUUGCUGUUAAAAUGCGCUUCAGGUUUAUUUUACAAAAAUACAAGGACGCAGUCACACUGCCGGGGAGUUUUGAUGUUUUACUAUUCGUUAAGAUGCAGUAGGAGACAUCGGUUUGACUCAACUCUUUUGAGCUUCAGUCCAGACCGAACUCUUCAACUGUUCACGUUGUUUGUUUAUAAUUGGCUAACAUUACACUUUUAGCGCGUUAGCUUUUAAUAUUAGUGACAAUCUAGUGCUAAAAUUGCAAGUUUACCGAAAUUAAAAUAUUUAAAAAAAGUGUAAGAACAAAUUUGAAAAUCGGAAUUACCAUUGUACUGUAUAUGAACGUGGUUCAUACGUAUGUUGUAUUGUUAUUAUAAAGAAAAAGGUUAGUAGUUUAUCCACGAUAACAUUAAACUUAGAAUUA